CACAGUCACAGACAGCUAGCUACACACAGGCACUCACUGAAUGAGCUCAGCCUCACAGAGUACGGGGCCGCUGUCACAACAGCAGAGCACGGAGCGGAGCAUUGUGGGAACUGACAGUCGCUUUCGGCGCGUUCUGUUAAAAUGGCGCCGCUGGGUGACCGUUAACGGCUGACUUUAUUGAGAGGAGCACUCAGGGUGCGUCGCGUAGACAGCACACUCUCAGCAUGGCGACGCCGGAUCAGAAGUCUCCAAAUGUCUUGCUGCAGAACCUGUGCUGCCGGAUACUGGGCAAGGGGGAAGCGGAUGUAGCCCAGCAGUUCCAGUAUGCAGUUCGUGUAAUAGGUAGCAAUUUUGCUCCCACUGUCGAACGUGAUGAAUUUCUUGUUGCUGAAAAAAUUAAAAAAGAAUUUGUGAGACAGAGAAGAGAUGCAGAUGGUGCUCUGUUUUCAGAGCUUCACAGGAAACUCCAGUCACAAGGAGUGGUGAAGAACAGAUGGUCUAUUCUCUACCUUUUUCUUAGCCUUAGUGAAGAUCCACGUAAACAGCCAAACAAGGUAUCGAGCUAUGCUGCAUUGUUUGCGCAGGCUUUGCCACGCGAUGCUCACUCAACACCAUACUACUAUGCCAGACCACAGAGUCUUCAACUAAACUAUCAGGAUCGAUGUGUGCCAUCCGUACAUAGUUCUGCCAAUAUGGGCAGUAGUGGGAUUGGCAGCAUUGGGAUGUACUCCUUAAAUGGACCAACACCUACGCCCCAGUCAUUUGUUCCAGGACAGUCAUAUCAAGCCCCAGCCAUGGGAGAUGCUUUACGGCAACAGUUAGGUACACGUUUCGCGUGGACAUUAGCCACUGGUCAGCAGCCAACGUUACAAAAUGCUACCUCCAAAGGCCUUUCAACCACACUUUCUCGUGGUGUGCCACGAACCAGAAGAGAAGGGGACACAGGUCCUGUUGAAAUAACAGAAUCCUCUCUAGUAAGAGACAUUUUGUAUGUGUUUCAAGGGAUUGAUGGAAAGUGUGUUAAAAUGUGCAAUUCUGAAAACUGCUACAAGGUUGACGGCAAGGUGGCCAUGUCAAAAUCCCUAAAAGAUGCUACUGGCAGACUUGCAGAGUUAGGAUGGCUUCAUAAUAAAGUGAGAAAAUACACAGACCAAAGGAGCUUGGAUCGAGCAUUUGGACUCGUUGGACAGAGUUUUUGUGCUGCAUUGCAUCAGGAACUCAAAGAAUACUACCGGUUACUUUCUGUCCUACAUUCCCAGUUGCAAGUUGAAGAUGAUCAGGGUGUUAAUUUAGGACUUGAAACUAGCUUAACGCUUCGACGUCUCUUGGUGUGGACAUAUGAUCCCAAAAUUAGACUGAAAACUCUUGCAGCACUAGUUGACCACUGUCAAGGAAGGAAAGGAGGGGAGCUGGCAUCUGCAGUACAUGCAUAUACUAAAACGGGAGAUCCAUACAUGCGGUCUUUGGUGCAACACAUUCUUGGCUUAGUAUCUCAUCCUAUUUUGAAUUUCCUUUACCGCUGGAUAUAUGAUGGAGAGCUGGAGGACACUUACCAUGAGUUUUUUGUAGCAUCAGAUCCUACAGUCAAAACGGACCGGCUUUGGCAUGACAAAUAUACUCUAAGAAAGUCUAUGAUUCCAUCUUUCAUCACUAUGGAUCAGUCUAGAAAGGUUCUCUUGAUUGGCAAAUCUAUUAACUUUUUACAUCAAGUGUGUCAUGAUCAAUCUCCUGCCAAAAUGAUGGCUGUGACUAAAACUGCAGAGUCUCCAAAAGACGCUGCAGACUUAUUUACAGAUCUGGAAAAUGCAUUCCAGAGUAAAAUUGAUGCUGCAUAUUUUGAAACUAGUAAAUACCUGCUGGAUGUCCUUAACAAGAAUUACAAUUUGCUUGAGCACUUGCAAGCCAUGAGACGCUAUCUUCUUCUGGGUCAGGGGGAUUUUAUACGCCAUCUAAUGGACUUGCUAAAACCAGAACUAGUCCGUCCAGCAACUACGUUGUACCAACACAAUCUUACAGGAAUUCUUGAGACUGCUGUGAGAGCAACCAAUGCUCAGUUUGACAAUCCAGAGAUUCUCAAACGAUUGGAUGUCAGACUUUUAGAGGUAUCCCCUGGAGACACUGGGUGGGAUGUUUUUAGUUUAGAUUAUCAUGUUGAUGGACCAAUUGCUACAGUAUUUACAAGAGAGUGCAUGAGUCAUUAUCUCAGAGUGUUCAACUUUCUCUGGCGUGCAAAGAGGAUGGAAUACAUUCUAACAGACAUUUGGAAAGGACAUAUGUGCAAUGCAAAGUUAUUAAAAAGCAUGCCAGAACUUUCUGGAGUGCUUCAUCAGUGUCAUGUCCUGGCUUCAGAAAUGGUUCAUUUCAUUCACCAGAUGCAGUAUUACAUCACAUUUGAGGUUCUAGAAUGUUCAUGGGAUGAGCUGUGGAACAAGGUGCUACAAGCACAGGAUUUGGAUCACAUCAUUGCUGCCCAUGACACAUUUCUGGACACGAUAAUUUCUCGGUGUCUUCUAGAUAGUGACUCGAGAGCUCUUCUAAAUCAGCUUCGUGCAGUAUUUGACCAGAUAAUUGAGUUCCAAAAUGCCCAGGAAACAAUGUACAGGGCUGCUCUUGAGGAGUUGCAACGAAGAUUACAAUUUGAGGAAAGAGCAAAAGAGAGAGAAUUGGAGGGAGAGUGGGGAGUUACAGCUGCAGAAAAAGAGGAAGAAAAUAAAAGGGUUUCAGAGUUUCAAGAAUCAAUACCAAAAAUGCGUUCUCAACUUCGAAUUCUCACUCAUUUCUAUCAGGGUAUUGUUCAACAAUUUUUGGUUUUGCUGACAACAAGCACAGAUGAAAGCCUGAGGUUUUUAAGCUUUAGGCUUGACUUCAAUGAACAUUAUAAAGCAAGAGAGCCAAGGCUUCGUAUGUCACUCGGCACCAGAGGAAGACGCAGCUUACAUGUAUGAGGCGACUGGAACUUUUCCAAAGUAAAUAACUUUUUUUUUUUUAAUUAUUAAAUUCCUGCUGGCUAAACCAAUAUAUACCCUUCAUUAUAAGAUGCAUCGCAUAGAGGAUAUCGAUUAAUUAAUAUUUUAUUGAAUACAGAGCAACCAUGUAAUUAAGAUUGUGUUUUUUUUUUUUGCUGUCUACGGACAUAUUGACAAUGAAAUGACCUGAUAGCCAGCAGUUGCAACAGACGACACAAUAAUGCUGCAAUCUUGAAAUAAAGCACUUGCUGUUUAAGGACAUUUCAGUGGUGCACCUUUUUAUCCAGCACUAAAAAUAAAUUAAUUGGGCUACCCUAAUAGUUAUACCUCCCCUUCAGCUAAAACAAGCAAACCAAAUAAUGUACUGUGCUUAUAUUUAUUUAGUCUUCUCCAUUUCAUUGUGUGUAUACAGCAGAUUGGAAGCUAAUACCUGCUUCUUUUUAUACAUUGUAGUCCAUUUAUGACGAAACAGAGCGAACUUGUUUACACUGUAUAUUUCAGUAGUACAUAUUUUUAUGAAAGUUCAUAUGUUUGUGGUUUUAAAUAGUGUUCAAAUUUGUUUUUAUUUAUUUGCUUAUACCCUUUUAUCCCCAAUCAAAUAUUACUCACCCCUUUUAUCUGUAGACAAUAUAUCAUUGGGAAUAAAGGGUUGAAAUAAAAUAAAAAUAUUUUGAGUUUAUGGACCCAUUCAUUUUAAUUGUAGUUUAUUACACUAAACCUAAUGCCACAUUGGUAUUUUACUGUAAACAAAAUACUAUUAUUAUUAUUUUUGUGCCAUUUCAAAGUAUUUUGACAGUUUAAACACAUCACAUGAUUAUUUUUGUUUUUCUUUUUCCUUUGUGGUAAAUAAAACUAUAAGUUAAUAUUUAAAAAAAAAUUACAUUAUUGACCUAUAGAAAUGAUGAAAGUUUAGUAUAUCCAUUCUUACCUCUAAAGUAUGUAUAUAAAAUUAGUAGUGUUUUCUUGGGAAAGGGUACACUUAAGCCUGUUUGAUCUGUCUAUUUUUUCACUGUAAAUAUUUAUAUAUUACUGUCUUAGCUUUUUCUCCUUUGUAAUAUGUAAAGCUCACAUAAUUAAAGACUGUUUUACUACAUCACAAAACACUUCGCUAAAUAAAAGCAAAAUCAUG